UAUAGUUGCUUUGCAUUACAGUGACGGUGCUAGCUGCGACCAUGUCCGGGGACAGCGUGCUCGUUGGCGCCUCCAUAGCCAUGCUCGUCGUGCUCUCCCUCGCCACCUUCUUCUGCGCCAACCGGCGGAGGAGGGCAGUGCACGGCUCGUCGUCGCAGCGGAGCGUCGUCGACGACGUGGAGCUCGGGCGCGGCGGGUGCGUGACCGCGGCCGCGGGGCUAGAGGAGGAGGUCAUGGCCGCCUAUCCGACGACUGUGUACUCCUCGUCGGCCGCGCCCGUCGGUGAGCGGAGUACGAGGGAGGAGGCGCCAGACGACGAGACAACGUGCGCGGUUUGUCUGGCGGAGUACGCCGACGGCGACGAGCUCCGGCGGCUACCGGGGUGUCAUCACUCGUUCCACCGGCGGUGCGUCGACGACUGGCUCCGCCGGCGGCCGACCUGCCCGCUCUGCCGCACGCUGCCGACAGCGUCAGCAUGCAUGCAGACGCAGCAGAGUGACGCAAGAUAGCUAGGCAUGCAUAUACCCUAUCUGUCGGGACCAUUUCGUAGAGCGGCAAAAUGGGUACACGCACGGAGCCGCCAUGCAUGUCUAACAUGUGUAUGUAUGGGUAUGUUUGGUUUCAUUCACAAUUUGG